UUCAGCCUUUAAGCAUAGUAAUCCAUAAUCUUGCUCUAAACCUAAGCAAGAACAAAAAAAAAAAAGUCCCAUCUUUCUCUCUCUCUCUCUCUCUCUCUCAGAGGGCCAGAGCUUCCAAAGCUUCUGCCUUUCUUUUUCUUCUGCAACUCUACCUUGCUCUUCUUUUGAGCUCUCUGCUCUGCUUAGCUCUUUCAUCUCAUCUGCAAAUUGUUUGUUUUUCACUUCUGGUUCUUUAGGAAAAGGGACUUAUUUUCAGUGCCCUGUUUCCUACAGAUUAAAUAUUUGCUUCAAUUUUUUACCAAAACUAUGGACACAAUGCAAGACAGUAAGCUAGCUUUUGGGUUUUCUGCCACCAUUGACAUCCGAUCUUCACUCUCAAAUCUCAUCUUAACAAGCAACACAAACACCUUGGACUCAAUUUUCUCCCAUUGCCCACAAGCACUCUCCACCACCCCCACCACCACCAGCAACAACAGCUCUGUUUCUGAGCCACUGGGUUCAUCAGUUUACCUUCGCCAGAGAGACCUUCUCCAGAAGUUCUGCGACGAAAGCCGGGCAAACGCCACCGUUUCACGCUUUUUUCAGAAGAACCCAGUUCAGAGCUCUGCUUGUUCUUCAACCUCUUACAUGGCUCCAUGCAAGAAGAAGCUCUACAGGGGAGUGAGACAGAGGCAUUGGGGCAAAUGGGUCGCUGAGAUCAGGCUCCCUCAGAACAGAAUGAGGGUCUGGCUUGGCACAUACGACACCGCCGAAGCCGCCGCAUAUGCUUACGAUAGGGCGGCUUAUAAGCUUCGAGGAGAGUAUGCAAGGUUGAAUUUUCCCAAUCUUAAGGACCCAAGUAAGAUGGGUUUUGGAGAUUGCGCUAGAUUGAACGCUGUGAAGACCUCCGUGGAUGCAAAGAUUCAAGCGAUUUGCCAGAAGGUGAAGAGAGAAAGAGCCAAGAAGAAUGCGAAUAAGAGCAGUAAUUCCAGUGAGAAUGAGAAGGCUGUGAUGAAGGUGGAUUCGUCGGCGUCGGGUUUUGGCGACGGUUCUGGUCAAGAAUUGGUGUCUUUUACAGCAACACCAACAGCAACACCAACAGUUUCUGAAGAUGGGGUUUGGAGGUGUGAGAAUUCACCACCCUCUAUUUCAACAGAGUGGUCAAUGGGGAUAGCAGAGGACUCAGAAUUUGAAGGCUGCUCACUUGCAAGAAUGCCUUCCUAUGAUCCUGAGUUGAUUUGGGAAGUUCUUGCAAAUUAGAAGAGUCUUAAUUUUCUUAAUCUUGGGUGUUUAGAUUAAAAUUUCAAAUUAAGGGUAUAUAAGUAAGUAGCUGUACUACUAGUAGUAAGUCAAUUUCUGUUUGUUUAGUUUAGUAUUAGUGGUAAAGUGUAAAUUGGUAGUUUAUUCUUACAAGAGGAGCCAUCUGAAUAUGUUUUGUUUGUUUUUGUUUUCGGUUUCUAAGUUUGGUUGGGGUUAAUUAUUUAUGUUUUGGCCCUUUUGUUUGUGGCCCUGUAUUUGUGCCUUGUUUUUGUACACCAAGGCACUUUGCCAGUCAUAUGAAAUGUCUGAGGGCACCUUGAGUUGUGUUAUUUAUGGAUUAAGUGGUGAUUUAAUGAA